AUAUGAAGCUAGGGUUUCUCUAUUCACCAUUUUCUCUCUGUUACACUCACUCUUCGUCGUCAACCGCAAACCCUAAACCCCAAAUUCGGCGGCAAACGAGAAAAUGGCGAGGAUUAAGGUGCACGAAUUGAGGCAGAAGAACAAGGCAGAUCUAUUGGCGCAGCUGAACGAUCUGAAGGCGGAGCUAGCGUUGCUCAGGGUGGCGAAGGUCACCGGCGGCGCCCCCAACAAGCUCUCCAAAAUUAAGGUUGUGCGUCUCUCGAUUGCGCAAGUUCUGACUGUCAUUUCUCAGAAGCAGAAAGCAGCUCUCAGAGAAGUGUACAAGAACAAAAAGUACAUUCCGCUCGAUCUCCGCCCUAAGAAAACCCGCGCCAUCCGCCGCCGCCUUACUAAGCACCAGGCAUCUUUGAAGACUGAAAAGCAAAAGAAGAAAGAGAUGUACUUCCCCCUGAGGAAGUAUGCUAUUAAAGUUUAAGUUAUUUGGUAACAUUUUUGCUGUCUACCGCUGAAUAUUAAUACUUUGUGCCGAUCGUUAUUUAAUUCGCAGUUUCUUUAGUAGUUGUACCGUUGGAUAUUAAUACAUUUCUUGUUUAAUCUAGACUCGAAUUAUGUUUGAGUCACAUCUUUUCCUUUA